AUGAAAUCCAACCAGGAGCGGAGUAAUGGAUGCCUGCCUCCUAAGAAGCGUGAGAUCCUCGCUCUGGAGCAGAGGCCAGUGGUAGUAGCCGCUGCUACGCCACCAGCCGCUGUGGUAAAUGAUAGUCCCCACACAGAGAACUUAGCGUGGCUGGCAAGUGUAGCCAGUGAGCGAUGCAAAUCUAGGGAUGCAGAGAGCCCAAGAUGUCCCAUCUCCUCUACUUCCUCCUCCUCUCCUUCCACCUCUGUUCCUUCCUCGUCCACUCCUCUGUCUGCAGUGCCCCUGGCCUCUCUACCUGCAGUUUACCCCACAGCCCUUCCCCAGCAGGCCGGGACUAUCCAGUUUGCUCAGCUGGGACCCAACGUUCAGUUCAUCAGUUCUGGGCCCUAUGCCGGCUACAUCUCCUCUCACAUCAUCUCAACAAACGCUAGCUCUGUGCCUAAUAGCACUAACAUAGUAGGACAGCGUCCGCAGCUGGAUGGUUACACCACUGCCCUGAUCUCCCCCAACACCAAAGGGGAGCAGCAGUUUCAAAUAGGCCUCUCCCCGACAGAACUGGCACCUGUGUCGCUACCAAGCUCUCCCCAAGUCACCAGCCAGUACAUCCACCUGGACAGCAGAACACCUCUGACUGUCAGCGGAAACUCUGUCACCUCACCCACGGCGCACCUCCAGCUCCACCCACACACAGCCGUCCUCCCUCAAACACUUACCCUUGCUCCCUCCCAGCUGGUGGUUCAGUAUGCGGAUGGUUCAGUUGGAAAGAAACCAGAAGGGCAUGCUAAGAGUGUACUUAACGGGGAAUUGGAGGUUGUCAAACAGGCAAAAGCCCACAGUCAGGCAGCAAACCAUCAGCAGGUCCAGAGCUAUGAGGCCAGACAUAUACUCCUGCCUGCAGACUAUGGCCAAAAUCCUGCAGGACUCCAGACCUCCUUGGUGCUGGUGGCCCAUCCUAACCAUGGAGCUGAACAUGAAGCUGGCUCAAAUAAGAUCUCCUUAGUCCAGACUGAGAAAGGAGGCAUCUGCUUGGGGAAACCAGUGUCCAGAUCUUCUUCUUUCACCUCCCUCUCCUCCUCAGAGGUGGUGAAGUCUGUUGCUCCUCAUACAGUCAUCCAGACCACUCUACCCCCUGAGGAGCUGCCACCAAGUCUCUAUUCCUCCACACAGCCGCCUAUCAUUGGUUACAUCACCAGUGCGAAUCAGCAUGCUGUCAGCUACCACGCAGCACUGCCCCAGCAUCUGGUCAUCCCAAGUGGCCAGUCCCUCCUCAUCCCAGUCAGCAGUGCCAAUAACGGCACAGAAAUAGAGGUUAGUCGUACUGUCAGCGCCCUGACUGCUACCACUACCCCUCAAAUAUCCACCGCCAUGCCACAUGCCUAUCUGGCCACAGCCCUGUCCAAGUGUGAGGCGCUCGGGCCAGAUGGGAAUCAACCACCCCCUGCUGUCGCACAGGCUCCAGUGCUGCCGGUCCUGCCCCCAAACCCGGCUCCUGCAGUGGUGGCAGCUCCCUCCCCAACUCCUGCUCCUGUCCCAGCCCCAGCCCCUGUUUCCAUCCAAGCCUCCCCCUCCAUUUCCUCCUCCUCUUCCCCUGUGGCACUUCCUCCGUUCUUCAUGCGAGGCUCUAUCAUCCAGCUGGCUGAUGGGGAGCUGAAGCGUGUGGAGGACCUCAAGACAGAGGACUUCAUCCAGAGCGCUGAGAUUAGCAGUGAGCUGAAGAUUGACUCCAGUACUGUUGAGCGUAUUGACAGUGGGCAAACUCCCAAUGCUGUGGUCAUACAGUUUUCUGUGGGAGAGCUCAAAGCACAGGUGUGUGUAGAGGUGCUGGUGGAGUACCCCUUCUUUGUAUUUGGUCAGGGCUGGUCGUCCUGCUGCCCAGACCGGACCACCCAGCUGUUUGAGCUGUCCUGCGCUAAGCUGUGUGUGGGCGAUGUGUGUGUGUCGCUGACCCUCCGCGGCUUGAGGAGUAGUUCGGUAACAGACAGCCAGGCUUUGGGGACUAAGCUGAAGACGAGUCACCUCUCUGACUCCUGUCACAAUGUGGAUGCCGCUGUAAGAAACAGUAUGAGUCCAAAUGCUGCAGGCAGUAACAGUGGCCUCCUAAUGAAGGCUUCCAGUGCAGACAGGCUGGAGAGGGAGCAGGUGACUGGACCAGGACCAGGACUAGAGCUACCACCAGGACUGGGACUACUUCCAGGACCAGCGGAGGGGAUCUAUGGAGCUGGACCAAUGUUGACAGUCUUGGGAACUGGAGAAGUAAGACAGGAAUCAGUGAAAACAGACAUGCCUGUGCUUAACAAAAUACAAUGUGGUGAUCCAGAGAGACCCUCAGUCCGGAAGAGACGCUGGUCAGCUCCGGAGAGAGACCAGACUGAGAGAGCUGAGGAGGAACCUCCUCUGACUCUGCCCAAACCCUCUUUUGUCCCUCAGGAGGUUAAAAUCAGCAUAGAGGGCCACUCCAGUACCGGGAGUGAAAGGUGCUUGAACAAAAGAGUAGACUGUUGAGAGAACUUUAAGGAAUUUUAAAUACCAGUGGUUUGCUUUGUGUUUAUCCCCUCUCUUUUCUCUCUAUCCAGACUACUGUAAUAUAGACUGAGUUUACACAGUAUUUACAUGUUUUCUUUUCUUUCACUUAAGUCUGAUAUCUACGAUGAAGUACAGUAGAGCACCUUCAUAAGUGGUAUCACACAUGAGAUCAGUGCAAUCAAUGCUGAAAGCAAAAAUGAAUGCAGCGUGAAUGUUGAGUAUGAAUGGCAGUCAGUCACCUGAGAGACGUUUCACUUUGACAUUUGAUCUCUUUUGUCAUGUGGCUUGAACCUGUUGAAUGCAGAGCAGUCAACCAUUCCUCUUAUCACAUGAACAAGCACAGACCCCGAUGUCAGCAUGUGGAAAGUGGGUGCCCAUAUUUUGACCCUUUGUUUGUUUCGCUGUUAAUUUGCUUUGCUGUUAAUUUCAAUAACAAUGCUCAAUCAUCACGGCUGUGAUUUACCCUGCCUUGUGUGUCCGAUGAGGAUUUUGAGUUUUCUGUUAUUAAUUUAGUUUUCUUUUUCAUACCAUAACAGAUGUGUGCUACCACUGUUGGGUUGUGCCACUUUGUCUCCACAUGUAUGUGCCUGUGUGUUGGUUUUGUGUGUGUCAGGUGUGUGUGUGGCUGGUAGCUGUGAGCUCAGUUGUCUGUGCAGCCUGCAAAUAUAAAAAAAGUGAAAAGGCCUGAAUGUAAACCACUGAAUUUGUCCUCAGUACUGACUCAUGACGUCAUGUGUGUGUCGUUUCCUGCACCAGUGACGAGUAUAUGCUGAGAAUUUCAUACCAAUGCUUUUGCAAUAUGUGGGUGACAGCAGUUGCACAUGGGUGCAUUUCUCUGAUGAAGUUCCUCAGUCAACUUUACAUUGAUAGCUUGUUAGCAAAGUCUGGUAAUUCCUUUCAAGGAUAGCAUGAGUUUUGUCUUUUACCCUGGCUGCUAUCUGCAGCAUUUCAAAUAUGUACAAAAAGGGAAAAAAUAUUUUGGUCUAAUACCUCUGGAUGGGUUUUUAGCUAAUCUUUGUAUGGACUCAGCCCGCAUACUGCAAUAUAGCUACUGUAAUUAAUUGUUUUUUUGGCCACUUGGGGGCAGCACAGCAAAUGGUAAACAUAACAUUGAGAUAUAUAUACAUAUAUAUAUAUACCUUUUAAAUUUGAUAUGGCAAAUUUGUUAGCCAACAAUUGCGUAAUGACACAUCCAGCAGACACAGAGCAACAUUUGCAUUCAUCUGGAGUCAUGUUUCAGGCAGCCUGAUGAAUCAAAGUCCAGCUCAUCCUACUUUUAGCUCUGUUUCUGCUCUGAAGGAAACAUCUGGCUCUGAAGUUACACAAUUCUCCAUUACUUUUAGAGCUUCUUUACUGAAAACAACUUCCUGCUGCAGCUAGAAAUUUGGUUGAUGAGUGUGAGCCAAAAGAGUAAAAGUUGUGGGCCAUAAAACCAAAACAAUGAAAAGAUGAAAGAUGAUAAAAAAAGAGGAACUGUUGAGUUCGCUAAUAAUUUUCUAUGGAUUCAUCACCACGAGCGUCCCCUUUCACGUUACACAGUGCCAUCUGACCCACUGUCAAUAUAGAAGAGCAACUUUAAAUGCAAACACACCAUAAUAUAAAAA